CGCCGAGCCGCGCACAGCCCAGCCGCGCACAGCCCAGCCGCGCCGGCCCUUUGCAUUGUGGUCCGGCGGCGGGGGGCGAACAUGGCCGAGAAGCAGAAGCACGACGGGCGGGUGAAGAUUGGGCACUACGUGCUGGGAGACACGCUGGGGGUCGGCACCUUCGGCAAAGUCAAGAUUGGUGAACACCAGCUGACAGGGCACAAAGUGGCAGUGAAGAUCCUCAACAGGCAGAAAAUCAGGAGCCUGGAUGUGGUGGGGAAGAUCAAACGGGAAAUCCAGAACCUGAAGCUCUUCCGGCACCCUCACAUCAUCAAACUGUACCAGGUCAUCAGCACUCCAACAGACUUCUUCAUGGUGAUGGAAUACGUCUCUGGCGGUGAACUGUUUGACUACAUCUGUAAGCACGGCCGCGUGGAGGAGGCAGAAGCUCGCCGCCUCUUCCAGCAGAUCCUCUCGGCGGUGGAUUACUGCCACAGGCACAUGGUGGUGCACAGGGACCUGAAGCCAGAGAACGUGCUGCUGGACGCGCACAUGAACGCCAAGAUCGCCGAUUUCGGGCUGUCCAACAUGAUGUCAGAUGGCGAAUUUCUGCGCACCAGCUGUGGCUCCCCAAAUUAUGCAGCCCCUGAAGUCAUCUCUGGAAGGCUCUAUGCUGGCCCAGAGGUGGACAUCUGGAGCUGUGGUGUCAUCCUCUAUGCCCUGCUGUGUGGCACUCUGCCUUUUGAUGACGAGCAUGUCCCCACCCUCUUCAAGAAGAUCCGAGGGGGUGUGUUUUACAUCCCUGAAUACCUCAACCGCUCCGUGGCCACUCUCCUCAUGCACAUGCUGCAGGUCGACCCCCUCAAGAGAGCAACUAUCAAGGACAUCAGGGAGCACGAGUGGUUUAAGGAGGAGCUGCCCAGCUACCUGUUCCCGGAGGACCCCUCCUACGACGCCACCGUCGUCGACGACGAUGCGGUGCGGGAGGUGUGCGAGAAGUUCGAGUGCAUGGAGUCGGAGGUGAUGAACAGCCUCUACAGCGGCGACCCUCAGGACCAGCUGGCCGUGGCUUACCACCUGGUCAUCGACAACCGCCGCAUCAUGAACCAAGCCAGUGAGUUCUACCUCGCCUCCAGCCCCCCCACCGGCUCCUUCAUGGACGACAGCGCCGUGCACAUCCCUCCCGGCGUCAAGCCGCACCCCGAGAGGAUGCCGCCCUUGAUAGCCGACAGCCCCAAAGCACGGUGCCCUCUGGAUGCCCUCAACACCACCAAGCCCAAACCCCUGACUGUCAAAAAGGCCAAGUGGCACCUGGGAAUCCGCAGCCAGAGCAAGCCCUAUGACAUUAUGGCCGAGGUGUACCGUGCCAUGAAGCAGCUGGACUUUGAGUGGAAGGUGGUGAACUCCUACCACCUCAGGGUGCGCCGCAAGAACCCAGUGACAGGCAAUUAUGUCAAGAUGAGCCUGCAGCUCUACCAGGUUGACAACCGCAGCUAUCUCCUGGACUUCAAGAGCAUCGAUGAUGAUGUGAUGGAGCAGAGGUCUGGCUCGUCCACCCCUCAGCGCUCCUGCUCCGCUGCUGGCUUGCACCGGCCAAGGCUGAGCAUCGAUGCUGCCGCAGCUGCCGAGUGCCAGUCCCUGAUGGGCUCUCUGAGCGGCUCCUUUGUCGGCAGCAUCCCCUCGGUGCCACCACGCCUUGGCAGCCACACCAUGGACUUCUUUGAGAUGUGUGCCAGCCUCAUCAUGGCCCUGGCUCGCUGACAGUCGGGGCCCGAGGCACUGGUCCCUCUGCACACGGUAUUGCACUGUGAGGACCUGGUCCUUGUUUCUUCUGCUUCGUUGUUCCUCCUCCACCCCUCACCACUCCACAGCCUGCAAAACAGAGCCAAUUCCUGGACCCAAAGCAUUCUCCUCUUUAAGAAGGCACUGAGGAAAGUAAGAACAAGUCCACCUCGCUGGUUAUACCGUGGUGAAGUGGAUCCAACACCCUUUCUUUCCUAGUGAGCCAAAUGGGAAGUGUUGGCACGGCUGUGAAGUAGCAAAUGUAUCACUGAGUGUUUGGAAAAGGCCUCCCAUCCUGAGUUAAUGGAGCCAUGGCCAAGCUUUCUGCCAUGCAGGUAGCAUGCAGUGAGGUUGAUGCUGCAGAGCAGGGGCAGGAUGGGCUAAGCCAGGUCAGAAUGGUCAACCAGGAGCUACACAAAUGCAGAGAGGUAACGAGAGAGCUCUGAAGUGUUCACUCCCCAGGUGCUGAGGGGGCUGCUGGCCUCUGGUAACAUUUUCCUCCUAAAAGUAGCAGCUGCUGAGAUGUUUCUGCACUGGUGCAAUAUGCCCUCCCUUCCCUCUUGAUUUUUUUUCCCUCUGCUAAAUCUGGGGAGGGGAGGUGGAAUGUGCAAAGGUCCCCUUGCAAACGGCUUGUGGGAAAGCCUCCACAUGGCAAAUGUCUGCGGAGGAGUGCCCCAUGAGACUCUUUCUUUCCUCCUGCUGAUAGCCCUGGACAGCACUGACAAAGGUGAAGGCUGCUUGCCUUUUUUCCCCAGCCUUUAAUCAUCAUCUCCCCACCAACCUGCUCACCCUCCCGUGAGGUGAGCCCACAGAGGUCCCGAUGCCAACAAGCCACCCAAAAGCCACCUGGCUUCGCCUGGUGGUGGGGAUCAUCACCGCCCGAGCGCCGGCAGCAUCGCGCAGCUCUGCAGCGUUUACUUCUCGCCUUGGCCUGUUGCCACCACCCUAACCUCGCUGCCAGAUCUGCCUUCCCUGCCCACAGCCUGGCACUGCCAGAGCCUCACUUUUCACACCGAAAGGCUCCUCGGUCCCGCUGCUGUCACCGCCUGCCAGACUGGGACCUUCAGCUCCGCCCAGCAGGCAGCGAUCCCUGGAGUCAAGAGUUUUGCUGCUGCUUUACUACUGCCUAUCUGCAGGGUGUAGGAUUCUGUUUUCUAAGACAAACUACAGGGAUUUUUAAGGUGAAAUUCUUCUUCUCCAAGGGUAAACCCAAAGCCUGCCUGACUCUUUGGGUUUUUUCUAUGCUUAGGUGGGCUGGGUCUAAGGGGCAGCCUUAGCUUUGCUGUGGCAUUUAACUCCAGUUCAAGGAGCAAAUGCUUUAGGAAAACGUUGCCAAAAUAUUCCUAAGUCAUAUUUUUUUUGUUAUUUCUUAUUUUUAUCUUCUUUUUUGGGGUGGGGGGUGGGGCUGUGUUUUAAGAAACAAAGCAAAAGAGCUCUUGCUAGUCCCAGCUUUAAGAUCAUUUUAAUCCCUCUCUUUUGAUAGCUUCUAAAGCCCCAUCAGAGGUUUGGGGUUGUCUUUUGUGAGCAGUUGGGGGGUUGGGUUUGUUGUUUGUUUUUUUCCUUUGGUACAGUUGCACUUUAAUUUAUACUUUCUAUGAGAAGCAAGGGAGAGAAUUACACCUUAAGCCUUUUGUACUAAUCGUUUUAGGUACUGAAGACAGAUCUGAGGUAUUUUUGCCAUCUACUGGCAGCUUAAAUGGACAUUUUCAGCUUGAAGUCAGCUUGGCUUCUUUAACCACACAGAAUUGCCUUACUUUUGUUACAGGGUUAUGCUUGGAUUUUUUUCACUGAUGUGACUUACACAGCUCAAAUUUCUUCCUUUUUUUCUU